AUGAACUCUGUGGCUUUUAUAUCUGAGAAAAAAAAUCGAACUGUUGUGACAAAGGAACUUGGCUUCCCCAUAAUUAAGAUGAACUUGUCAAAGAGGCUGCAUUGUUCUUCCGCAGGUCAAGACCACGUGCUAUCUUGCUACAAAACGGAGCAGUGCCGAAAGCCAGCUAGACUUUGCCGCCAAGGUUAUGCUUGCCCAUUCUACCAUAACUCGAAAGACCGUCGACGGCCUCCUGCAAUAUGCAAAUACAGGUCUACUCCUUGUCCCGCCGCGAAAACUGUGGAUGAAUGGCUAGAUCCAGAACUUUGUGAGGCUGGAGACUCUUGCCAAUACUGCCACACUCGAACCGAACAGCAAUUCCACCCUGAAAUCUAUAAAAGCACAAAGUGCAAUGACAUGCUUGAGCCGCAGUGCGGGGUCCCGGAGAAACGUGCGCAAUCGGGCAUAUGA